GCCUCCUCGCACCAACCACCGCCGCCGCCGCUUCCUCCAUGGCCGUCACUUCCACCUUCCAUGGCAGCAUGCUCCUGCUGCUGCCGCUGCUCACGAUCACGUCGGCCUCGUCGGCGCCGCUCCCGCUUCUUGCGCUGCUGUCGCUGAAGUCGUCGCUGCGCGACCCGGCCGGCGCGCUGCGCGGGUGGACGUACGCCGCCGCGGCGUCCGCGGGAGCCACGAGGUCGCUCGCCCCGCCGUGGUGCGCGUGGCCCGGGGUGGCGUGCGACGCCGCGACCGGGGACGUCGUCGGGGUCGACCUGUCGCGGCGGAACCUGUCCGGGACCGUGUCGGCGACGGCGGCGAGGCUGCUGUCCCCGACGCUGACGUCGCUGAACAUCAGCGGGAACGCGUUCGCCGGGGAGCUCCCGCCGGCCGUGUUCCUGCUCCGGCGGCUCGUGGCGCUUGAUGUUAGCCAUAACUUCUUCAACUCCACCUUCCCCGAUGGCGUUGCCAAGCUCGGCUCGCUCACCUUCCUCGACGCUUUCAGCAACUGCUUCGUUGGCGACCUGCCCCGCGGCAUCGGCGAGCUCCGGCGGCUCGAGCACCUCAACCUCGGGGGUAGCUUCUUCAAUGGCAGCAUCCCCGCCGAGGUCGGGCAGCUCCGGCGUUUACGGUUCCUGCACCUCGCCGGGAACGCUCUCUCCGGGCGGCUGCCGAGUGAGCUCGGCGAGCUGACUCUGCUCGAACACCUGGAGACAGGGUACAAUGCGUACGACGGUGCGAUACCGCCGGAGCUCGGCAAGCUGGUCCAGCUCCGGUAUCUCGACAUCGCCGCCGCCAACGUGUCCGGGCCGCUGCCGCCGGAGCUUGGCGAGCUCCCGCGGCUUGAGGCUCUGUUUCUGUUCAAGAACAGGCUCGCCGGCGCGAUACCGCCGCGGUGGUCUCACCUCCGAGCGCUCCAGGUUCUUGACGUGUCGGACAACCAGCUCGCCGGUGCAAUCCCGGCCGGCCUAGGUGACCUGGCCAACCUGACGACGCUGAACCUCAUGAGCAACUUCCUCUCCGGCACGAUCCCGGCGACGAUCGGCGCGCUGCCGAGCCUCGAGGUGCUCCAGCUCUGGAACAACUCGCUCGCCGGGAGGCUGCCGGAUUCGCUCGGCGCGAGCCGGCGGCUCGUGCGGCUCGACGUGUCGACGAACUCGCUCUCCGGCCCGAUUCCUCCCGGUGUCUGCUCCGGCAACCGUCUCGCCCGCCUCAUCCUCUUCGGUAACCAAUUCGAUUCGGCGAUUCCGGCGAGCCUCGCCAACUGCUCUUCGCUGUGGCGAGUCCGGCUCGAGGAGAACCGGCUGUCCGGCACGAUUCCGGCGGGGUUCGGCGCCAUUCAGAACCUCACGUACAUGGACCUGAGCUCCAACUCGCUCACCGGCGGCAUUCCGGCCGACCUGGUUGCUUCGACGAGCCUCGAGUACUUCAACGUCUCCGGCAACCCGGUCGGCGGCUCGCUGCCGUACAUGGCGUGGCGGGCGCCGAAGCUGCAGGUCUUCGCGGCGAGCAAAUGCGCGUUGGUCGGCGAGCUCCCGGCGUUCGGCGCCACCGGGUGCGCGAACUUGUACAGGCUAGAGUUGACCGGAAAUGCGCUGAGCGGCGGGAUCCCCGGCGACAUUGGCAGCUGCAAGAGGCUGGUGAGCUUGAGGCUGCAACACAACGAGCUCACCGGAGAGAUACCGGCGGCAAUCGCCGCGCUGCCGUCGAUCACCGAGGUCGACCUGUCCUGGAACGCGCUCACCGGCACCGUCCCGUCGGCGUUCACCAACUGCACGACGCUGGAGACAUUCGACGUGUCCUUCAACCAUCUGGCGCCGGCCGAACCGUCGCCGGAUGCCGCCGAAGGAGGCAACGCUGCGCGGCACACGGCGGCGCUGUGGGCGUCGGCCGUGGCGGUGGCGUUCGCCGGUAUGGCAGUGCUCGCGGGCACCGCGCGCUGGCUGCAUUUGCGCGGCGACGACACGGCGGCGACAGACGCGACGGGUUCCGGCGGCGGCGGACACCCCAACGUCGUCGUCGGACCGUGGCGCAUGACCGCGUUCCAGAGGCUCAACUUCACCGCCGACGACGUGGCGCGCUGCGUCGAGGGGAGCGACGGCAUCGUCGGCGCCGGGUCAUCGGGGACGGUGUACCGCGCCAAGAUGCCCAACGGCGAGGUCAUCGCGGUGAAGAAGCUGUGGCAGGCGCCGGCGGCGCAGAAGGAGGCAGCAGCACCGGAGAAGAACCAGAAGCUCCGGCAGGGCAGCGACGGCAGCAGCAAGAGGACGGUCGCCGAGGUGGAGGUGCUCGGCCACCUCCGCCACCGCAACAUCGUCCGGCUGCUCGGGUGGUGCACCAACGGCGAGGCGACGAUGCUGCUCUACGAGUACAUGCCCAACGGCAGCCUGGACGAGCUCCUGCACGGCGCCGGCGCCGCCAAGGCGCGGCCGGGCUGGGACGCCCGGUACAAGAUCGCCGUCGGCGUCGCGCAGGGCGUGAGCUACCUCCACCACGACUGCCUCCCCGCCAUCGCCCACCGCGACAUCAAGCCGAGCAACAUCCUCCUCGACGACGACAUGGAGGCCCGCGUCGCCGACUUCGGCGUCGCCAAGGCGCUCCAGAGCGCCGCCCCCAUGUCCGUCGUCGCCGGCUCGUGCGGCUACAUCGCACCAGAGUACACGUAUACUCUAAAAGUUGACGAGAAGAGCGACGUGUAUAGCUUCGGCGUGGUGCUGCUAGAGAUCCUCACGGGACGGAGGUCGGUGGAGGCGGAGUAUGGUGAGGGGAACAACAUCGUCGAGUGGGUGCGACGGAAGGUGGCCGGAGGCGGCGUGCGCGACGUGAUCGGCGCGGCGGCGUGGGCGGAGGACGGCGGCGGCGCGCGGGACGAGAUGGUGUUGGUGCUGAGGGUGGCGCUGCUGUGCACCGGGCGGUGCCCGCAGGAGCGGCCGUCGAUGAGGGAGGUGCUGUCCAUGCUGCAGGAGGCCAGGCCGGACAGGAAGACCGGCGCCAUGGCCAAGAAGAAGCAAGCCAAGUGAAUGAAGAAAAGAAAAUGGGGUGAUCUGCGAAACGAAGACGAUGUGCUGUAAUUCUAGCGUGCAGUGUGUUGUGUAUGUAUAAUUAACUUAUUUACUGUCAUGAAUGGGGUUUGCAUAUUUCUGAAGCAAUUACAGUGUGGUUAUUUGAGGAUGGAGGUUUUUUUGUGUGUGAU